GAAAUUUGUGAUUGAGUUAGAAGUUUGAUUUGAUCGAAAAAAUCAAAGAUGUUUAGUCGGAUUCUACGCAAACAACCCAAGCAAGAGACGAGCACGCUCACCAGCCUUGACAAAUUAAACGAGACUCUUGAGAUGCUUGAGAAGAAGGAAAACGUGCUUCAAAAGAAAGCAUACGCCGAGGUGGAGAAGGCCAAAGCAUAUACAAAAUCAAAAAACAAGAAAGCGGCUAUACAGUGUUUGAAGAAGAAAAAACUAUACGAGGAACAAAUUGCGCAGCUUGGAAAUUUCCAGCUGCGCAUACACGACCAGAUGAUAAUGUUAGAAGGUGCGAAAGCUACUACCGAAACAGUGGACGCUUUGAGAAGUGGAGCGUCUGCGAUGAAAGCGAUGAACAAAUCCACAAAUAUUGAUGAUUUGGACAAGACGAUGGACGAGAUUAACGAACAAACGGAGAAUAUGAAGCAGAUACAGGAAGCACUUGCCACACCCAUCGGCGCAGCAGCUGACUUUGACGAGGAUGAAUUGGAGGCCGAACUUGAAGAAUUGGAGGAGGCGGAACUGGAGGAACAGCUCCUUCAGCCUGCAACCACAGCCCCUAGCGCGGGUCCCGUUAAGGUGCCAGCUGGCAGAGUGCCUCGAAUACGGACGGAGGAGGAAGACGAGCUCGCUGCUUUGCAAGCAGAAAUGGCACUUUAAGCUGUGGUUCCACUGUGCUAGCUGUGUACAGAGUUUUUUUAUUAGGGGUUUGUAAUAUAUAUGGCCAUGCCUGUAUUCUUAAAUCUUAAGAUUUUUUCUAUUGUUAAAUAAAUAUUCAGUAUGAUCAGUUAAUAAAAUAAUAAUAUACAGUUGAACCUCUAUA